ACGAGAUGGAGGAGCAGCCAGUGCCCGCGAGGAGCGUUCUCUAUGCGUGGGGCUACAAUCAAUGCGGCCAGGCAGGGCAAGAAUCGGCAAUCCACAACGCGGUGCCGCAUCCCAUCAGAGUCGCGAUCCAUCCAUCGUCGCUUCGACUCAUCGCCAUUUCUUGCGGCCUCGAGCACACUGCCGCCAUCGCCUCGGAUGGAUCCCUCUUUACCUGGGGAUCCAAUCAAUUCGGGCAACUCGGCGAUGGAUCUGAGACAAACUCCGAUCGGCCGAAGAGAGUCUAUGGAUUGCGAGACGAGGCUGUCAAGUCGGUUGCUUGUGGAGCCAAUUGCACUGCCGCCAUCGCUGAUUCUAGAGAUGGAACUUGUCGUGGCAGGAUGUGGAUUUGGGGACAAAACCAGGGAUCAAAUUCGCCUCGAUUGUUCUCUGGAGCAUUCUCAUCUAGCACAGUGGUCAUUCAAGUAGCCUGUGGAGGAGCACACGCCGCAGCUCUUUCAGAGCACGGUGUUCUUCAAACGUGGGGAUACAAUGAGCAUGGCCAACUCGGCCGAGGGAUCAGCUGCGAGGGGCUCCAAGGAGCAAAAAUUGUCACCUCUUUCGUUAAGUUCCUCAACGAGCCGGUUGAAACUGUCAAAGUGAAGCAAGUGGUGUGUGGCGAGUAUCACACAGCAGCGAUUGCACACAAUGGCGAUGUAUACACCUGGGGACUGGGAUCUUCCGGACAACUUGGUCACAGAAGUUUGCAAUCCGGUAACAAGGAAGUUCUUCCGAGAAGAGUGGUGACGCUGGAAGGCGUGGAUGUCGUCCAGAUAUCUGCCGGUGGAGUCCACUCCUGCGCGAUCUCCUCUGCCGGAGGAUUAUAUAUGUGGGGUGGAAGUCACGCAGGACAACUUGGUCUGGGGCCCCGGCAAGAUCGCAUCUGCGGCAGUAGUGACAUCGACUUUUUCUUCCAGCGGAUUCCGGUUCUAGUGAUCCCAUCCGGUGCUCGCUCAGCAACUUGUGGAGAUCUCCACACUCUCGUCCGGAUGGCGAAUGGCCGGCUGCUUGGCUGCGGCUACAACAGCUAUGGACAGGCAGAUUCUGGCAAAGCUUAUUAUGCCUGGUAUCCUUCUCCAAUCGACUGGUGUGUUGGAGAGAUUACGUGCUUAGCUGCUGGAGGUGGUCACUCUGCGGUGCUUACACAAGCAUCCAACUUGAAAGAGAUUUGUGAGCUCAAGCUCGUCGAUUAUGUUACAGCUUCCACCGCCUCGACCAUUGCGGAUAUUGCAUCGAGGAUGAGCUGUGACUCGUUAGCUCGGUUUUGUCUAACAUUCCGGGAUCACUGGGUGUAACUUAAUGGACUUGACAAAGCCAGGGACGAGAAGUUCAUAUCCAAUAGCGAUUUUUUACCACGAUUGAUUAAAUGCUGUAGUCCCAGCUACAAAGGCAUAUAUAACUUACGGCACACUGCACAGUAUGUACACUAGCUUUACUUUAAUAUCAGCUGCUUGAAUCAA